CUCUUUACUGUCGUGCUGACUGUUCUGUGAAUAUUUGGACAAAAUCAAAAAAGGAAUCAGUGAUCAGUUCUAAACGAAUGGAAACACUUUCAAAAGGAUUUAUUGAUGUUUGUUUCAGAGUCGACAGCAGAUCUUUGGUGAUUCUGAUGUUUAUUCAUUAUUGAAAGCAUUAUUUAGAAAGUGAAAGUAAAUUUCAGAUCGUUGGAGCUUUUAUAAGCAGUGAAAAUGGAUUCACUCUCUGUGGAAGAAUUUUCUUGUCCCGUGUGCUGUGAAAUCUACAAGAAUCCUGUUCUUCUGUCGUGUAGUCACAGUGUGUGUAAAGAGUGUCUUCAACAGUUCUGGAAAACCAAGAGAACUCAGGAGUGUCCCGUCUGCAGGAGAUCUUCAAAAGAAGAACCUCCUUGUAAUCUGGCAUUGAAGAACUUAUGUGAGUUGUUUGAGAAGGAGAGAAAUGAGAAGGUGAGAACUGAAAAGAAGAGAAAUGAGAAGGAGGGAAAUGAGGAGGAGAUCUGCAGUUUACACAGUGAGAAACUCAAACUCUUCUGUCUGGAUGAUAAACAGCCGGUGUGUUUAGUGUGCAGAGAUUCAGAGAAACACGUCAAUCAUAAAUUCAGACCCAUCAGUGAAGUUCUUCCAUCUUACAAGGAGGAACUCAAUACAGCACUGAAGUCUUUACAAGAGAAACUCAAACGCACAGAAAACAUGAAAGGAGAGUUUGAUAAAUCAGUUGGACACAUCAAGACUCAAGCUGAGCACACAGAGCGUCAGAUUAAAGAGCAGUUUAAGAAGCUUCAUGAGUUUCUCCGACAUGAAGAAGAAGCUACAAUCACUGAACUGAGAGAGGAAGAGGAGCAGAAGAGUCAGAUGAUGAAGAAGAAGCUUGAGGAGAUGAACACACACAUCGCAGCUCUUUCACACACAAUCAAAGACAUGGAGGAAAUGAUGAAAGCCAAUGACGAUGUCUCAUUUCUAAAGAACUUUAAUGUGACAAUGGAAAGAGUCCAGAUCUCACAGCCGGAUCCACAGAUGACUUCUGGAGCUUUCAUUCAUGUGCCACAUUACUUGGGCAACCUGACAUUCAGAGUCUGGAAGAAGAUGCGAGACAUUGUCCACAAGACUCCUGUGAUUCUGGAUCCAAACACUGCAAGUCCAAAUCUGAUUCUGUCUGAUGAUCUGACCAGUGUGAGAUACAGCAAGAAGAGAAAAAUAUUACCUGAUAAUCCAGAGAGAUUUGACUAUUAUUCAUGUGUUCUGGGUUCAGAGGGGUUUAACUCAGGAACACACUGCUGGGAUGUGGAGGUUAAAUACAAUAAUAACUGGACUCUUGGAGUAACUACAGCAUCAAACAAGAGGAAGGGACUUGUUUUCUUUAACACUGAUGUCUGGAGUGUGGAGUGUGAUGAGAAUGAUGAGUUUCGUGUCACACAGAAUCUUGAGCGUGUGAGAGUUCAUCUGGAUUAUGACGGAGGAAAAGUGUCAUUCUCUGAUCCUGUAACUAACACACAUCUACACACAUUCACACACACAUUUACACACACACUCUUGCCAUUCUUCUAUAGUUUUCAUGGAGGUUCCCCUCUGAGGAUUUUACCAGUUAAAUUCACAGUAAUAUCUGAUCCUGCUCACUGAACAUCUCACAAGUAUUUAGUCAUUGAUGCAAUCUUAGAACAUUUAGGUUAAAUAUGUCAAUAAUAACUCAACAUAGUCUACAAAAACUCAACAGAUAAGAUUGAAUGAUCUCAUCAGGCAUAUGAGUGAGUUUUCUUAACAUGAUUUUUGUCAUUUGUAAGUUCAUAGAAAUCAAUUAAAUGUGAUCAUAUGUUUGAUAUUUGCUCCACACUUCAUCUUUACCAGUUUACUCUCAUCUUAACUACCAGUAACUCACUGAACCUUUAAUCUAACCAGCUCCGUCUCAUAAAGGGGCGAUUGAAGAUCCAGAAUACAGUGUACGAUUACAGGAUUUUACAAUCAUUUUCAUGCAUUUGUCCACCCGAUCUCUUCAUUCAGUUGUCUUUUGUAACUUGUAUGUUGACAAAGCAGUUCAUCUCUCUCCCAAAAUGCUCCACAAUCACCAAAAGAUUUCCUACAUGUCUUAAAAUAAGUGCACUCAACUGAAGUGUCUGUUAUAUCUUCUCAGUGAAGUGUUAAAACUCUGUGAUAAAAGAAUAAAUGAAAGUAUAUUUACAGUAUGAAAUGAGCAUUAAAGAGGGUUUAAACAAUAACAAAUCAGAUGAAAAUAUCUGACAGUGUUUCAGCAACAAUCCAAGAGUUUAUUUAUAAUAAUUCACUCAUGAUAAUUAUAUUAAUAUCAGAACUUGCUCUUUCAGUUUCUGUGAUUCUGGAUCAUUAUUUAGAUUAUUUCUGAU